AUGCCGUACAGAGUAGCAGUGAGAAGUUUUAAAACUUUGAGUUAUAUUGGAAGUUAUAAAAAAAUGAGAGAUCGACCAUUAGCUUUCUACUGCGCAGCAAUACUUGGUGCUGGGUAUGCAGCAUACAGCCAACAUAAACAAAACAAAGCAGAAAUGAAAGAAAUAAUACAACUUAAAAAUUAUAUGGCUGAACCCAUCACACCAAUUAGUGAGUUAGAAAAGAACCAAGAUGAUAUGAAAACACAGAUGGAAUUGCUUAUCAUGAGAAUACAGGCGGAGUUCUGCAGGGCCUUGGAGAAAGAAGAGGAUGAGGCUUGGGAAGAUGAAAAAACCCCCGAUGACUUUGAUUUUGACAACGAUGUAUUCUUACCUUCUCCGGAAUCAAAGUUCAAAGUGGACCGUUGGAAACGUAAGGAGGGUGGCGGAGGCAUCACGUGCGUGUUACAAGACGGCCGCGUGUUCGAGAAGGCCGGGGUUAAUAUAUCAGUGGUGUCGGGGAUCCUACCGCCGCCCGCCGUGCAGCAGAUGAAGACCAGGGGGAAGAACUUCGAGAACAAGGAGCUGCCGUUCUUCGCGGCGGGAGUGAGCGCCGUCAUCCACCCACGGAACCCGAUGGUCCCCACCAUACACUUCAACUACAGAUACUUUGAGGUCCAGGAUAAAAACGAGGUCCACUGGUGGUUCGGCGGCGGCACGGACCUCACCCCCUACUACCUGAACGAGGAGGACGCGGUCCACUUCCACCGGACCCUCAAACAGGCGUGCGACGAACACGACCCUACAUAUUACGACAAGUUCAAGAAGUGGUGUGACGACUACUUCUUCAUAAGUCACCGCGGCGAGCGUCGCGGCGUGGGCGGGAUCUUCUUCGACGACGUGGACUACCCCGACCAGCAGAGCGCCUUCAAAUUUGUGACCUCCUGCGCCGAGGCUGUCAUACCCAGCUACAUACCCCUCGUUCAGAAGCACGCGGACGCGGGGUACGGGUACCACGAGCGUCAGUGGCAGCUGCUCCGCCGAGGACGCUACGUAGAGUUCAACCUCAUCUAUGACCGAGGGACCAAGUUCGGUCUCCACACGCCCGGCGCUCGAUACGAGUCUAUACUCAUGUCGCUACCCUUGAACGCGAAGUGGGAGUACAUGCACGACCCCAAACCGAACUCACCGGAAGAAAAACUCAUGAAAGUUCUCAAAGAACCGAGAGAUUGGUUGAAUGUUCAGCAGGCGAAGAGCACUUCCACAUGA